AGUGUUGAAGGAGACUCUCCUCCCUUUCCUGCAUGAGGAGAGUGAAGCACUCACCUGGAUGAGGUAAGGAGCUGCAGAAGAAAAGAAUCUUUACAAUGCAAAGCUAACGAGGUUACCUACUGUGUAAGGAUAUCCUCACGCCAAGAGAAGCAGGCAAUUCAUCCGCCAUGGUCUCCCUUUUCAGGACAGCUGUCCUGCUGCACUUCGUGUACACGGCGGACGGCUUUCUCAAGGUGAAAAAUAAUUUCUACGAAUGUCCUGCUGAUGUCUACAUUGUGCUGGACACCUCUGAGAGUGUGGCACUGAGAGUCAAGCCAUACGGUUCUUUUGUUGAGAAGAUCAAACAGUUCGCUUUAGACUUUGUGGACCAGCUGAACAACAGGUAUUACCGCUGUGACCGCAACCUGACCUGGAACGCAGGGAUUCUUCACUACAGCGAUGAGGUCAAGAUCAUGAGUGAGCUCACCAGUAUGGCCACCGGCAGCGGGAAGCUGAAGAAGGCCAUCCAAGAUGUGCGCUACAUUGGAAAAGGCACGCACACCGACUGUGCCAUUGCUGUGGCCACAGGGCAGCUGGUGUCAGGGAGCUCACCUUUCCACGGUAACAAAUACAUGGUUGUUGUAACAGAUGGGCAUCCGUUCGAUGGCUACAAGGAGCCCUGUGGGGGAAUCAGCUAUGCCGUCACCGAAGCGAAAGGAAUGGAUAUUAAAAUCUUCGGUGUGGCCAUUUCUCCUGAUCAUCUGGAUAACCGACUGAAUUCCAUUGCAACUGAUGUUCAGUACAGACUCAACCUGUCGGCCACUAGCGAGAACCCAGCUGUGGUAAAAAACACCAUAAACACCAUCAUCUCCACCAUUUACAAGGAAUCAGAGCCUUUGUGCUGCACAUACGAAUGCAAGGCUGGAAUAGGAAUUCCUGGACCUGCUGGUGACAGCGGAGAAGCGGGAACACCUGGAAGACGAGGUAUUGCUGGGAAGCCCGGAGGUAUUGGACCAAAGGGAAUUCUUGGGGAUCAGGGUUCCCCAGGUCAUGUGGGAGAAAAGGGCGAUAAAGGCCCUCCAGGUGAAAAGGGCCAUCGAGGACUUUCUGGACAAAAGGGAGAAAAAGGAGCAAAUGGUGUUGAUGGGAAAGAUGGAGCUUUGGGAGAGACAGGCCCCCCAGGCCUGCCAGGGUGUAAUGGAGAUGAAGGGCCUGACGGUGAUCCUGGUCCACCUGGACAAAAAGGAGAUACAGGGCCCUUCGGUGCCAAAGGACAAAAGGGGGAUUUUGGCAGUACAGGAGUUCCUGGGAAAAAGGGGCCAAAAGGAGAGAAGGGACUGAGAGGCCCGGCCGGGGUCAGAGGUGUUCGAGGCGACAAGGGAACUGCCGGCCCUGUGGGGGCGCCAGGGCACGAGGGGCCCACAGGCUUGAUCGGGUCGAGAGGCGAAAAUGGAGUCACUGGUUUGAAGGGCUACAAAGGGGAACCGGGCCCUUUAGGGGCAGAGGGCACACCAGGUACAAAGGGCCAGUCAGGCCCUGUGGGAGAGCCAGGACCUACAGGUGAAAGAGGAGAAGAUGGUGUACAAGGACAAGGAAUACUGGGAUAUCCAGGAUUUCAGGGAUUUCCGGGAUUAAGGGGACCCCCAGGCCUGAAGGGCGUCAGGGGGUUCCCGGGCCUGAAGGGCGAUGAGGGGCUGCCGGGAGACCGAGGAGAUGAUAAUUUGCUGCCAGGUAAAGAGGGACCCAAAGGACCAAAGGGAUAUCCAGGCCUUCGGGGUGAAUAUGGCUCUCCUGGACCAGUAGGCUCCCCUGGCUCUGAUGAGUGUGAAAUACUGGAGGUCAUUCGGAAACUCUGCUCGUGCUGUGAGUGCAGCUGUGGCCCCGUCAAGCUGCUGUUUGUGCUGGACAGCUCAGAGAGUGUGGGGCUGCAGAACUUCACCCUGGAGAAGCAGUUCAUCAUCCGCGUCAUCAACAAGGUCACCAAGAUCGGGAGCAACAAGAAUGAGCCUGGGUCGCGUGUGGGAGUCGUGCAGUACAGCCAUGAAGGAACGCAGGAGCUGGUGUCCAUGGAUGACCCCAACAUCACAACUCUCUCUCAGCUCAAAAGUGCGGUGAAGAACAUGCGCUGGAUCGCUGGGGGCACGUACACGGGAGAGGCGCUGGACUUUGCCAGGCAGGCCUUCGGCACAUCGCAGCUCUCGAAUCAAGUGGCCAUCGUCCUGACUGAUGGCAGGUCAGACACCCGGGACUCCAAACCGCUGUCUUCCCUGUGCAACAUUCCCAACAUCCGAGUGGUGGGCAUUGGGAUCGGUGACAUUUUCCGCAGGUCCCCAUACACAACCAUGUUACAGGAGAUUACCUGUCAGUCCACUCCCAAGCCGGGGCUGUUUCUGAAGAUCACUGACCAUGCCCAACUUCUGGAGGAAUCCUUCUUUGAGAACGUCACCAGCUACAUUUGUGAAGACAGUAAGUGUCCAGACUACACUUGCCCUGCUGGGUUUAAUGAGCCAACUGACAUUGUCUUCAUGCUGGACGGCUCUACUAGCGUGGGACAGAAGAACUUCGAG